CAGAGCAACACAGGACCUGAAAGCACUGCAAAAGGGAUUGGCUGAUCAAGACUUUUGGAAGAAAAAAACAAACGAUGGCCACGCAGCAAGAACCGGAAGACCUCAGUAACUUUACCCACCCAUUGGGGUUUUACAUCAGAGGCUUUUAUGCCCUACAGAAUACAGAUUAUUAUUUCAUCUUCUUGUCUAUUAUUUAUGUCAUAACACUGCUAGCAAACUUUCUAAUAAUGUCAAUCAUCUGGUACGCAGAAAGUCUGCACACAUCAAAGUAUUUAGCUAUUUUUAGCUUAGCUGUAGUGGACGUCAGUUAUAGCACUGCACUCAUUCCAAAGGCAAUACACACGUUCCUGUUUAACUCGAGAUUCGUAUAUUUUGAUGCUUGUUUAGCCCAGGUUUUCUUUGUAGAUUAUUUUUGCUCAAUGGAGUCGUUUUCUCUCUGUGUAUUGGCGUAUGACAGGUUAAUUGCUAUAUACUUUCCACUGCGAAGUAAUACACUGAAUUCAACCACAAGAAUGAUGCUAGUUAUUCUGAUUUCUUGGAUUAUCCCUUUAAUUGUCGUAGUGAUUAUGGUUGCUUUAAUUCCACGACUGUCAUACUGCAAAACCACAAUUGUAAACAGUUUUUUUUGUGAUUAUGGACCAAUGUUUAAAAUAGCUUGCGGGGACUAUUCUCCAAAUUGGUUUAUGGCUUCCUUUUAUACUGUGGUUGUAAUUUUUGUUCCAUUCGCUUUUAUUGUGCUGACAUACAUGUUCAUCGUAAGGGCACUUUUAAAGAUAGCGUCCGCUGAAGGUAGGUGGAAAGCAUUUAAAACGUGCAGUACACAUUUAACCUUAGUAGCCAUAUUUUACCUACCGAUUUUAGCGACUUAUGUUGUAGCGUGGGUAAAUGUGCAUAUCGACACAGACACCAGAAUUAUUAAUACAUCCUUAUCUGCUACCAUUCCUCCUCUGCUAAAUCCAAUCAUAUACACCUUAAAAACGGAAGAAAUUAUGGAGCAAAUUAAAAAGUUUCUCAAAAACAGAAAAAUCAGAUCUAUAAAUUGAUAAUCUUCAGACUGUGUGA